AUGUUGAGCCUUACAUCUGUUCUGUGGGACACUGGAUAUCCCUUAUAUACCUAUGGUUCUCUUUUCAUCCUUAUCCUAAUUAUCUGGCAGAUWAGACGGAGUUACUAUGGAUUGAAGCGCAAACCUACAAGGAGCUGCUGCCGGCAUCAUCGAAAAGUCAGGCAAAGGAAUAAAGAUGCAGCGUCAAGAGUUAGGAGACCUUCCCAAGAGGAAGCUGAGGAGCCUCAGGAGCUGCUCUCUUUCAUGAAAAGCCAGGGAUGGCUUCCCCAGAAGGAAAGUGUGCGGCAGCUUCUGUGUGCAGAUCCCUACUGCCAAACCUGCAAUGGUGUGGCUCUGGAGAUUGACCAAUUGCUGGAGGGUGAGAAUAACCAGAUCCCCUCCACUUUACUGGGAUCAUCAUGGGGCUCUUCUUGCCUAGAGGUGUUGUCCAUGUCAAGUAUGUCUUUUGAGCAGAAUCUGGAGCUCCAUUCCCAGCACUCCAGAGAUUCUUCAGUGGCAUCUGUAACUCCAACACUAAGCCAACUAAUAGAACACAAAUGCUUAACCCAGACAGUUUCCCCAAAAAAUGAURGCAUCAAAAUCCAAGAAUACUGGGCCGAUCACCUCAAGUUAGAGCAAGAAUUUCAACUGGCAGAUAGGCCAGUGGGCCCAGAGACUAUGGCUUCUUCAAGGCUUGAGGAAUCUAUAGUUACAGUGAAUGAACAGGAGAUUAUGCAGAACGACACUUACCUUGACCGGGAGGACCAAGUUCAUCACCACUUGAAGCCCAAGGUUUCUUUAGUAUCACCGAAUUCAAAGAUCACUAACCUGGCCCAUCCUAUGGCCUUAGGAAUGGAGUCAGUUCUCCCCGCUCACCUGCCUUUACUCAGUCCUAAAACUCUGAGGUUUCUUGAGGUACAUGUAAAAAAAUGGAUGCAUUUCCAGAGGUGGGGGCUCCCCAGGCGUGUCGAAGACUCCCUCAGGCAGCUUAUGCCAGACCCAACAUUGUUUUACCGAUCUGAAAAAAACCCACAGGUUUCCUCCAUGACUUCUCAGGUUAUUAUUGACAAAAUUAAAACCAUUUCCCACCAGACAUGGGGUUCAUUUGUGGCCGGACAGCCCAUUCAGUCUAUCUGGGUUUCUGAAUGGUCUGAUGUAAAUCCAGAACAAAGACGCCACUGUCAGCAAAUUCAAAACUAUAACGUACUAACCCUACCUUCUCCUGCCCUUAAUGUACUAAAUGACCUCUAUUCACUUCAUGGGGAACAGGAUAAUGACUCACAGUGCAAUUUGCAGCAGAAAUACAACCAGCUCUUCUGUGGCCUCCCUACUCUGCACAGUGAGUCCCUGAUUGCUACUUUCUUGGACUCUAAAAGUCUCUCCAGGAACAAGAAUGUGCCCAAGUCCCUCUUGAAUGGUCCUCUUCUCUUCAAUGAGCUCCAUCCCCUGCUGUCCAAUACUCCACCUGAGUCAGCCCCAGCCUCACCCCUAGCCUCACUCCCAGCCUCACCCCCAGCCUCACCCCCAACCUCCCCAAAUUCCAUGUCUCCCUCUAAGAAUCAAGUCAGUGUCCCAUUUCUGACUACUGCUGAGUGUAAAGCCUUGGAAUGGCACUUGCUGCAGAGGCAACUCCAGCUUCAGUGGGGCCUGCCAGCAGUCUUCCAGAGAUUUCAGCAUGCUCCAGGUCCCAAGCAGUAUGAAUCAUGUAACAAAAUCCAACCCCCUGAGACCAUGAAGACCUCCUGUCCAGGAAAGUCUUUCUCAGUCCUCACCAGGGAACUGCUCUUCUUCCCAGAGCAUGCCCGCAGGCUGCUGGAAUUCCAUCUCCAGAAGCAGUUGAUUCACCAUCGCUGGGGCCUGCCCCCAAAGAUUCAGCAGUCCAUCCAGUUGCUCCUUUCCUCCACUGACCAGCAGACCCUGUCCUGGAGCAGCACAGCCCUACCCAGGGUGAGCAUGCCCCCGCUUGCAACCCUAGACGACAAUGAGGCUGGUGUCCUAUUCUCACCCAUGGUAGCCCAAAUGCCCACCCCCAUGCCACACUUGUUUGCCCAGGCCAAGGAAAUAUUGCAGAGCCACAUCGACUCCAAAUGUGGACAGAUCCACCAGGGCCAGAUCCCUGUGGCAUGA